CUAGAAUCCGCUCGGUAGUUUCUGUUUGUAAUUUUAGGGGUUUUUCUUUUUCGAAGCUAAGCGAGUAAAACAAUAAUUUUGUUUUUGCGUAGUGUUUUGUUACUUUUCCACAAAUCUCAGUGUCAUUUUUGUUUUUUUAUUAUUAUUUUAUCCCACAGUAACAGUUGGUUUUGACGUUUUAUAUGGUAACUUCAGGUGACACUGGUCGGUUGUAAACCAUGGAUAAUCAGCAUAAAGAAAUUCUGCGGAGAAACAGGAGUGCUAUUAUUAGGGAGAUUCACGACAUCAAAACUAUUGUUUAUGCUUUAGAAGAAAAUGGCGUCAUCACAGGCAACAUGUUGGAAGACAUCAUGGCAGAGAGUACACCAACAGACAAGAAGAGGGAAAUGUUGAACAUAUUACCACGGAGAGGGACGGAGGCAUUUGAUCAGUUUUAUGAAAUUCUCGUCAAUAACAAGGAAGGAUCAGCAGCUGAUAUUUUAAAGCCAGAGUUGUCAAAGCAGAGGAGAGCGGAAGAAAAAAGAAAACUAGCUGCUGUUAGACGAACCGAAGCAUAUAAUACUCCAUCAGUGGUGACCUCACCCACAGAUGAUGAUGAUGAUGAUGACCUGCCAGAAACAUGGCCUGAUAUGAACCUAUUAUCAGGAAUUGUUACAGUAAAGGUCUGUGAGAAAUCGGGGCAGAUGUAUGAGAGGUUUCUCAGCUGCAACGACAGUGGAAAGGUGUACAAACAUCAGAGUAAGCCAAGAGGACUUGCAUUAGUGAUAAACAACGAGAAGUUUGAACUGGCAAGGAAGAAUGGCUGCAAUCUGGAAGAUCGACAUGGAACCAACAUUGACCAGUUCACAGUCGAUCGACUGUUAGAGCAGCUGGGCUAUAUAGUUCGCAUUCAUGAAGAUUCGACAGCUGAGAAAAUCCAAAACACUGUAAACCAGUUCAGUCAGAUGGACCACACUUCGUACGACAGCUUCGUUCUGUUCGUUCUGUCUCACGGAGAGAGCCAGAGUAUAUAUGGAGUAGACGGGGAACUGGUACAGAAGGAUAAAAUCACAGGAGCCUUCAACGGGAAUAACUGCCAAACUCUUAGUGGGAAGCCCAAGCUGUUCUUUUUCCAAGCCUGCCAAGGGCAAAAUGUUGACCCUGGUGCACCCAUUGCCUCAGCGGAACCAGUUAUCAGUAGCAGUAGCAGUGGCAGUGAACCCGAUAACAUGGAGCUUUCACUGAAGAAGAUGAAAGGUCUAAAGUUAAAUAAAACCACAGUUGAUGAGUCGAGAGAUGACACUGUGGCCGACGUCAAGACAGAGACCUCGGUACCAGCCGGAGGAGAUGUUUUCAUAGCAUCGGCCACUAUUCCAGAUUAUUUAUCAUGGAGGAACACAAUGAAAGGAACAUGGUUCAUCCAGGCAGUUGGCUACAUCUUUCAGAAGUUUGCUCACAAAGACGAUAUCAACAAACUGAUGACCAAGGUCAACCGUCUGGUUGGUCGGGGACGGACAGAUUCCGGUUCGAUGCAGGUGUCGACAUACGAAUCACGGCUGUUGAAAGCUUUCUACUUCUUCCCAGGCCUGUGGUUAUCGUCAUCAGAGACAUCAGCCGCUCUUUCUAACAUACAGUCUACUAGCUGAAACCAUUUGACCUCUUGCUAAUAUCAUACACAAACAAAAUAUUUAAAUGUGUAAUGUACCUUUUUUUUAAAGUUCAGUAUGUAAAUAGGCAGGGCUCCAAGCUGAGGUGUUGAAAGGGUAUGCCCUAAAUAAGCAGGCCGAAAUGAAGUACAAACAUGCUAACCUGAAAACAUUUCCUCUCAAAAUCAAUGGAUUACUUAUUAAACAGAAAUAAUUGUGCACCAUACCCCAAAAAACUGAUUUUUACUCAAACAUAGCAAUGUUAAUGCAGGCUGAAAGACGGCUUUCCAGUUGGCAGUUUGGGGGGCAUUGUAAGCCCCCCAUGGGGAAAAUUUUGAAAAUGGACCAUGCACAGAGUACUUCUGAGCCAGUUAGUUAUACAAAUUAUGAAAAUAAAAGGAAUCCAAUAUGA